UUUUCAUUCCACCAGUAUGAAAGGUUAAGACAGAAAGUUUGUUUUUCACUUCCUCACAACAUGACAACCUGUGUUCCUCUUCUGUGUCUUUAUGUGCUGGGGGUGACUAUGAUGCUAGGAUUGGUGGCACAUUGUGAUUUUAAUCAGUCUCAUUUUGGAGCUUACUUACAUGGAGACAUUGUCAUUGGAAUUCUGGAAUCAAUUCAUUCUAAUAUAAAAGACCUUCAGGAUCGGAUUUGCCCAGAAAUGUAUACUUGCACAGACUUUGAUCAAAUACCAUUUGUGUCAUCUAUAGCUGCAAUUCACACAAUUGAAGAGAUCAAUAACUCUGGCUUCCUUCCUGGCAUUAAGCUUGGAUACCUGAUGUGUGAUCCUUGUGCAUAUGGUACCAAAGCUUUAGACUGUGUGGAGCGCAUGCUUGCUGUUAGUGGGCCACCUACAGUCCACUCUGACUACUCAAACUUCACUUCACCCAUAAAAGCAUUCUUGGGUGAAAGAUACUCAGAAUUAUCUAUUCCUGUUGCAAAAUUACUCAGUCUCUACAUGAUUCCCCAGAUUAGUUGCACUUCUACUGCACCAGCACUGAGUGACAAAUUACGCUACGCUUCCUUCUUUCGCGUUGUCCCAAGUGACAUGUACCAGACACAGGCACUGGCAAAGCUCUUGAGACAUUAUUCCUGGAACUGGGUUGGGGUGGUUACCAUUGAUGAUGAAUAUGGCAGAGCAGUCCUUGAGAACUUUGUGCAGGAUGCACAGGAAGAACAUGUGUGUCUCCAGUUCCAGGAAGUGUUACCAAAUUACCUAGGUUUUAUACAUAUGGAAGAGAAGAUAAAGAUGGUAGCUGAUCGUAUUGAAUCCUCGAAUGCCACAGUUAUUCUGCUUAUUCUAAGACCACAACUUGUGCAGAUGCUCUUUACGGAGAUGAUUAAGAGAAAUAUUAGUCGGGUCUGGAUUGCUAGUGAUGCCUGGUCUACAACAGGGUUCAUAAUGAAGAUGAAAGACAUUAACAAAGUGGGAGACGUAUUUGGUUUUACCUUUAUCACUGGGGAAAUUCCUGGUUUUAAAGGCUACCUGCAGAACCUUAGACCAAGUCCAGGCGCAAGGAAUGAUUUCAUCAGUGAGUACAAACAAAUGUCCAACUGCACCCAGAGUCAGCAAUCAGAGAACUCAUUUGUUUUGGAUUGCAAUAGCUACCUUCUUCAAAAUGUGGAUAUGACACAGGCUUACGGUCAGAGAGUGGCAGUCUAUGCCAUUGCUCAUGCCAUCAAGACACUUUUAAAAUGUGACAGCAUUUCCUGCUCUGGAGACACAAACAUCCUGCCUUGGAAGCUUAUAAGCAUUCUUCGUGAGAUUCACUUCACCUUGGACAACCAGGCAUAUUUCUUUAAUAAAAAUGGUGAUUUUGAAAAUGGUUAUGAUCUUAUCAUGUGGAAGAAGGACGGUGAUGAAAGAGUACCUGAUGUGGUGGGGAAAUUCCUUAUAAGCAAUAACGAUGUUGAUGUCUAUGAGCACAAAAUCUCAUGGUUUAACAACACGGUUCCUGAGUCCAGAUGUUCAAAGCGUUGUCCACCAGGCACACACAAAAACAUAUUAAAUAUAACAUGCUGCUAUACUUGUAUCAGCUGCAGUGCUGGAGAUUAUUCUGACCAGGAGGAUCAAUCAACCUGUACCAAGUGUCUAAAUGGAACUUCUCGUCCUGCUUCAACGAAAUGUGAGAAAUGGAAGUUGGGGAUUUUGGAGUGGUCUGCAGCGCAUUCUAUUGUGGUGAUUAUUGGAACAGUAAUAGGCAUACUACUGUUAGUGGUCUCUAUUAUAUUUUUCAUUAAAUGCAAAGACCAUGAAAUAGUACAGAAUAACCUCAGUUUAUUAUGCAUCAUGCAGGUAGGCCUGAUUGUAAGUUUUGGAAGUGUGAUAGCUUUUUUAGGCGAUCCAAGCUCCCAUCAGUGCAUGGUACAACAGGCCAUGUACGGUCUUGGAUUCACUCUCUCUGUAUCAUGCAUUCUGGUUAAUGCCUUUAGCUCAUUCUUAGCCUUCAUGUCCUAUGACCCAAAUAGACAGCUUUACUUAAGCAAGUUUAAUAAGCCUUUUGUCAACAUAGGCAUCCUCACUGUUGUUCAAGGUCUCAUUUGCCUCUUCUGGUUUAUAUUUGAUCCUCUUAAAGUUGAUGAACUGCCAUCUGAAAAAGAUCCUCUUACCAUGAACCGUCUGUGUACUCAAGGAGCUAAGUUUAUUGGCUUUGCCAUGAUGCAUAUAUAUAUUGCUAUUCUAGCUGUGCUUUGUUUUGUGUUGGCCUUCAAAGGGAGAGAGAAAGAUACUGAGUCUAUAGUCUUCAGCAUGCUCUUUCAUUUGUUUGCCUGGCUUUGUUUUAUUCCACUCUUUGUCACACAAAACGAACAGCGGCCCAUUAUCCAGCUCUCUGCCAUUAUGGUCUCCACCUACGGAGUCAUCUUCUGCCACUUCACUCCAAAAUGGUACAGGAUAUUAUCAGACAAUGCAGCGAGGCAAGCUAAAUCCCCACAAGAGGAUCCAUGUGCUAAAGAGGAAUUACAAAAGUAAAUCAACAUGUAGAACAACCUCAUAAACCCAGCUUAACCCUCCUGACUCUUGACAGGCAGAUGGUCAGAAGUCAUUACUGUUUCCAAUAGGCAAAAUAUUUAGACCAAACAAAAACAAAGCUGAAUAUGUUACAAUAUUAAAAAGAAGUAAAUUAUCUUAAAACAGGAUAUAUUUUUCCAGGCACACUCAUUGUAUCUUCAGUUGCACUAAGAGUGGUAAUGGAUAUUUUCAUGCAUGUAGCUAGUAUUAUUCCCAAAGCAUGAAUUAUAUACAUCAAUACAGAAAUAGUUGCAGGGCACAAAAACAAUGUUUCCCAAAGAUCAUAUCAUUGCAAGGAUUUUAGCUCUGUUGAAAACACAAUAAGAAUAUGUAAAGCCUCUUGAAAUGCUGUGCAUAGAGGAAAGGUCUAAGAUCUCUCAUCAACCUUAUUAGACACUAUAAGAAGAGAGGUUUAAAAUAACACUCUACAGCAUUCCAUGGUAUCUAAUCUGACAGUAUGAGUCAUUACUCUUUUUUGUAUUAUACUUUUCAUGAAUGGUGCCAAUAAUUGUGGUAUUUUUAAUUUUACAUAAAUUGCAUACUUUUGAAAACAAUUAUUGUAUUUAUUGUAUGAAACAGUUAUUGUACACUGCUCAAAAAAAUUAAAGGAACACUUUUUAAUCAGAAUAUAGCAUCAAGUCAAUUAAACUCCUGGGAUAUUGAUCUGGUCAGUUAAGUAGCAGAAGGGGUUGUUAAUCAGUUUCAGCUGCUUUGGUGUUAAUGAAAUUAACAACAGGUGCACUAGAUGGGCAACAAUGAGACAACCCCCAAAACAGGAAUGGUUUUACAGGUGGAGGCCACUAACAUUUUUUCCCUCUUCAUCUUUUCUGACUGUUUUUCACUAGUUUUGCAUUUGGCUAGGGUCAGUGUCACUACUGGUAACAUGAGGCGAUACCUGGACCCUACAGAGGUUGCACAGGCAGUCCAACUCCUCCAGGAUGGCACAUCAAUACAUGCCAUUGCCAGAAGGUUUGCCGUGUCUCCCAGCACAGUCUCAAGAGCAUGGAGGAGAUUCCAGGAGACAGGCAGUUACUCUAGGAGAGCUGGACAGGGCCGUAGAAGGUCCUUAACCCAUCAGCAGGACCGGUAUCUGCUCCUUUGUGCAAGGAGGAACAGGACGAGCACUGCCAGAGCCCCACAAAAUGACAUCCAGCAGGCCACUGGUGUAAAUGUCUCUGACCAAACAAUCAGAAACAGACUUCAUGAGGGUGGCCUGAGGGCCCGACCUCCUCUAAUGGGCCCUGGGCUCACUGCCCGGCACCGUGGAGCUCGAGAAUUGGCAGGUCCGCCACUGGUGCCCUUUGCUUUUCACAGAUGAGAGCAGGUUCACCCUGAGCACAUGUGACAGAUGUGAAAGGGUCUGGAGAAGCCGUGGAGAACGUUAUGCUGCCUGUAAUAUCGUUCAGCAUGACCGGUUUGGUGGUGGGUCAGUGAUGGUCUGGGGACAUAUCCAUGGAGGGACGCACAGACCUCUACAGGCUAGACAAUGGCACCCUGACUACCAUUAGGUAUCGGGAUGAAAUCCUUGGACGUAUUGUCAGACCCUACGCUGGUGCAGUGGGUCCUGGGUUCCUCCUGGUGCACGACAAUUCCCGGCCUCAUGUGGCGAGAGGAUGCAGGCAGUUCCUGGAGGAUGAAGGAAUUGAUACCAUUGAAUGGCCCCCACGCUCGUCUGACCUAAAUCCAAUAGAACACCUCUGGGACAUUAUGUUUCGGUCCAUCCGACGCCGCCAGGUUGCACCUCAGACUGUCCAGGAGCUCAGUGAUGCCCUGGUCCAGAUCUCGAGGAAAUACCCCAGGACACCGUCCGUUGUCUCAUUUCCCCCGACGUUGUCAGGCAUGCAUACAAGCACGUGGGGGCCAUACAAACUACUGAGUACCAUUUUGAGUUGCUGCAAUGAAAUUUCAGCAAAAUGGACUAGCCUGCUGCAUCAUUUUUUUUUUCACUUUGAUUUUCGGGGUGUCUUUGAAUUCAGCCCUCUGUAGGUUGAUAAUUUUCAUUUCUAUCAAACGAUGUGGCAUCCUUUCGUUCCUAACACAUUACCCAGUCCAUAUCAGUAUAGAUAUCCAGCAUGAUAUUUUUCCCCAUUGAGAUCUGAUGUGUUUUCAAAGUGUUCCUUUAAUUUUUUUUUAGCAGUGUAUAAUUAAAGUUUUGUUUAAAUUAUUUUGGAUAUUAUUGAAAAUUCUUUUUCUGUGGUGUAAAAUUUUAAUUAUUUGGAAAUGUAUGCAUA